AAGAACAUGUUUGGUGUCAUCCGAUCUAUUCCUCGAGGAGCUAAGCGAAUUCAGCUUACUGCUAAACAAGGUCACAACUACUACAAAGGUACUGGAAGUGGUGCUAUGGGUCGUCAUACUAAAAACGGUGGUUACAAGGUUGACUGGAACAAAGUACGAACAUUUGUUGUUCCUGAUCUUGAAGGAUUCUCACUCUCACCUUACGUAUCACGAAAAACAACACCAGUACCCAAGAACUAAGGAAACGAUUAUUAGUAUUACUUGACGGACAUUUACAAUGUACGAUUCUUCUUCUUUUUCUACCUUUACUUCUUUUUUGACUAGAAUUUUUUUUGUUUCAUUUUACCGAUAUAUCUCAUUUGCCAUCUUCACUCGAUUUUGCUUUCUUUACUUUAUCUUCAUCCCCAUUUACACUCAUGUCUUUAUUACCUCUUAUGUACAUUAUUUGAAAUACAAAUAAAUAUGUCUUUUUUUUUUUUUUUCUC